AUGGAUCAAGUGAUCAAUUUCAAAAUCUCUCACUCUAUAAACGUCAGCGUUAAUAAGGUCCCAACGCAAGAGGCUAAGCCAUCGCGACGGUCGUCGGAGUCUCUGAUGGAUAGGGUGAAGACGAGCUGUUUAUCCAUGGCAGUCACGUUUCAUGAAGGGCUUAGCUACGUCAAAGCCUUUUUUGUCGGCCAGACAAAGAGGUUGACGGCCAAGAACGAGCAAGAAGCUACGGAAGCUCAUUUAACAGAGACAAAAAUGCAAGUUGAAGCAACUGAUGAAGCAGAGAACGCCAAGAAGAGGCUUCAUCAAUCUUCUUAAUGUUUUUUACUGAUUAAAUCUGUUUUUUUUUUUGCUAAUUAUAAUGUAUUCGUAAUGUUGAUUGUAUUUGAAUUGAUGUUGCUAACUUUUCUCCGCAAUUUCAGUAUUUGAAAAACCUGAAUGUAGCAAAGAAACAACAACACAUGCAGUAGAUGCACAUUGGGGACGAAAGAUAUGUUAUUACACAUGAAACCAAGCUAUCUUCUUCUAUUAUCUUGGUUUGGAUUAGAACCAAGACCAAAUACCACAAAAGGAAGCAGUAGCUAUUAUUUGUUAAUGCUGUUGAAUUUUUUCACUUUCCUUUUUUACUGCAUGAUGCUGUGUUUUUAGUACAUUAAUGUUUCUAAAUUUUUUUUUGCUCUUUUAGUUUCCACAGCCUUUUUACUGCAUGGUCCGGUCCUAUAAUGCUC